UGACGAAUAAGGACUGGAUAAUCGAAAAAGAAAAUCCGACGAGGGAACCAAUAUGGCGUCGUUAUCUCAUAUACUUCCUGCACCGUCGCAGAAAUUUUAUGACAGAGGAGAAGAUGAACAACAAUAUAGAUCUCAACUUCAGGUCGCACCUGUUUCUAGUAAAAGAACAGCACCUCCAUAUGGACAUAGAAAAGGAUGGAUUCCAAGAACCCAAGAGGAUUUUGGGGAUGGUGGAGCCUUCCCAGAAGUUCACAUAGCUCAGUAUCCAUUGAGUAUGGGAUUAAAAAAGACUACUUCCAAUUCCUUAGCUGUAUCUCUAGAUGAGAAAGGAAAGAUUAAAUAUGAUGCUAUUGCCAGACAGGGACAUUACAAGGACAAGAUUGUUCAUUCCCGACCCCAAGAUUUGGUUCCUAAAGUUAUGGAUGAGGCUGAUCCAGAUCUACAGAGACCAGAUGACGAUGCAAUAGCAGAUACUACAGAGAAAACUAGAUUAGCUUUAGAAAAAUUAACAAACAGUAAAAUAGCAGCAGCUAUGCCAGUUAGAAUGGCAGAAAAACAAGCUCCUGCUCAAUACAUCAGAUACACUCCUUCUCAACAAGGAGUAGCAUUUAAUUCUGGUGCUAAACAGAGGGUGAUUAGAAUGGUAGAAGCACAAAAAGAUCCCAUGGAACCGCCACGAUUUAAGACAAACAAAAAAAUACCCCGUGGUCCACCCUCUCCACCUGCUCCAGUUAUGCAUUCACCAAAUAGAAAAGUUACAGUUAAAGAACAACAGGAAUGGAAGAUUCCACCAUGUAUAUCAAACUGGAAAAACAACAGAGGUUAUACAAUUCCCUUAGCUAAAAGAUUAGCUGCUGAUGGGCGUGGUUUACAAGGUGUACAUGUUAAUGAGAACUUUGCUAAAUUAGCUGAAGCUUUAUAUAUUGCUGAUAGAAAAGCUCGAGAAGCUGUAGAAAUGAGAGCUCAAAUAGAGAAGAAAAUGGCUCAAAAAGAGAAAGAAAAGAGAGAGGAUGGUUUACGUAUGUUGGCUGCUAAAGCUAGGGAAGAACGAGCUGGUAUUAGACAUAGAGAUGAUAAAGAUGAAGAUGUUGGAGAAAGAGAUGAAGUUAGGAGAGACAGACAAAAAGAAAGACAGAGAGACAGAAAUUUGGCAAGAGCUGCACCAGAUAAGAGGAAUCGUCUUCAGAGAGAAAAAGAUAGGGAUGUCAGUGAAUUAAUAGCUCUUGGUUUACCAAAUGCUGGAGGUUCACAAGAAACACAGUUUGAUCAAAGAUUGUUCAAUCAAUCUAAGGGAAUGGACAGUGGUUUUGCUGAUGAUGAAGCCUAUAAUGUUUAUGAUAAAGCUUGGAGAGAUGAAAAUAAAAUUGGUAACUCAAUUUACAAACCAUCUAAAAAUCUGGACAAAGAUACAUAUGGUGGUGAUCUGGAUUCUUUGAUGAAGAACAGAAGGUUUGUUCCAGACAAAGAGUUUGAAGGAACAGAUCGAAGUCGGCGAAGAGAGGGUCCUGUUCAGUUUGAACGAGAUGUGGAGGAGGAUUUGUUUGGUCUUGAUAAAUUCUUUAAAGAAGCAAAAACUGGACAAAAACGAUCAAAUGAUGAUUCUAGAUCUAGUCGAGAUUAUGAGAAAAAGAAAAGAAGAGAAUGAUUCUAGAUCUAGUCGAGAUUAUGAGAAAAAGAAAAGAAGAGAAUGAGAGAAAAACAUUAUAUCUUAUACAUCUUCACAUAACCUCAUCAUAUUCAUUGUCAAUCUUCCCUGUAUAGAUAUUAGCCCAUUGAACUCUAAAGAAAAUGUUUUCUUGAAUCCAGAUUUUAAUUUAAAGGAGCGAAACCUCUUUAGGCCAAAAUGAAGUACAGAAUUGGAUUGAUCUGAUGUGUUAUUUCGAUUUGUGAUGGAGCUUUAUACAAUUCAAUUUUGUUUCUUAUUUAUUAAUUUUAGGUUAAAUUUUGUCACAUCAAGAUAUAGAAUCCAUUGAAACCAACCAUUUCAUUUUUAUGCAAAAUUAAAGAGGUUCAUUCAAUGUAGUAUGAAACAACGGGAGGGAAAAUUAUAACCUGUACCUGUUGUUUUAUGUACAGAAUAAAAAAGAUUAUGGUAACACUGUGUGUAUGGAGUCAUACAUUGAUUGAGGGCAUUGUUUUAAUAAACUAAUAUUUAAAUUUCCGUGAAAGGAAAGUGUAAUGCUAUUUUCCCACUGUCGUGCAAUGCGUUACGAUAGAAUUGUGCCUAUUGAGUCCACGAACUGGUACAUGCAGAUACGUACGGAUAAGUUUAGAUAUGAUCAACACAACUGCUGCGACUGAUAGGAUCACCAUGAUUAAAACCACGAUUUCAAUCGCAGCUCGAAUGGUGGUAAUGGGAACCUAGCAUAAACGUUUCAUUGUUACAAACAAAAGUCGUUAUGUAGUUUGUAAGAAAGAAAUUAAAUCUGAGCAUGAAAUGAAGUUAAAUAAGAAAAACCGGCGGACAAAACACAUCACACAUAUAACACACAGACAUUGAAGUUUUUGAUGACAUAAAAAGGAUCACAUUAAUUUCAAUACACAUUCAUAUUGCCCUUUUUUUUUACAGUAUUUUUCGCAGAAUUUAAUUGUAACUUGUGAGGCUAUCUAUAAGAGCUUGAGCUCAUUUUAAAGAAAAUAAACUGUAUUGAUUUUAAUGAGCAAAGUGAAUGAGUCGACAAUUUGAACAAUAUUUGUACCCGCCCUAGCAAUUGACAAAAGAUUAAUUGAAUUUUAUUUUCAGUAAAAUUUUAAAAACCUUUUUGAAGAUGCAAUAAUAUUUCAUAAUUUUAUAUGAAGAGAAGUAGGCUACCAAGGCUGCAGGGACAUUUGGUACAAAUUUGUUUCAAUAUGAGUGUUAAAAGAUAAUAUAUAUGUAAUGGAUGUGAAAUAAAAUGUUAGCCCUUCCAUGGGUUUGAAAGUUUUUA